AAACUAACUCGAGAGUCAGUCGCUCGGUAGCCUCUCAUCCAUGUGCUGUCACACACUCGAGGCACUCUCUCUCUCUCUCUCUGUUUACCCAAGAGCUAAAAUUUGUAUUUAACCGAAUGUAAAUUUUACCGCACCGCGAGCGAGCGCAGAAAGUUCGCAACUUUUUAAUACAUAAAAUUAUAUCCGCUACGUCGGGCCGCGGCGCGCCCGAUAAAACUUGACGCUCGUCUCGUCGCAGUACAGGCAGGAAUCAGCACAGCAUCUAUCUGCCGCCGCGCGGAGGUGUUAAUUCGAGCGCCAAAGUUCGUUAACGCGGGAAUUAAACUCGAUAUAAUGAGCGUGCCGAGUAGUAAACUGUCGUCGGGUUCCACGAACGAAGAAGCGUCGAUAAUCCCGCAAUCACAGAAAAGAUUCAGAAAAAAGUCCGAUAGAGACAAAGGGCGCAAACAGAGAGGAUGUAUCAGUUCGGAGGACGAGGGUGUCUCGGAUGUACAACAGAAGUAUCGGAAAAAUCGCCCCAGGUUCGGUGAAGCACAAAAUGACCAUUAUAUGAGUGACGAUCUGUACGACGCGUCACCGGUGAGAAAACACGACGUGAUAAUGAAAGAACACGAGGACAAAAAGAAAAAUUGUAAAAAAGAUGAAUCCGACGAAACUGGAUAUAUCAGCGACGAAGACGAAGAGGACGAUCGGUCGGUGGUAGUUAAAAUAGUCGACGUACCGAUGGAGGAAAGUCAUCGACCGGAAGAGUGGAGGAACGAUAUGAGAAUGGAAGUGGAUUCCGAUUGAUGGAUAUGGAAGAGCAGCGAUAAUUUUUAUGAAAAAAAAAUCCGAUUUUCAUACGCUAAUCGGAGUAUUUUGAAUUUACUGAUAGCAGCAAUUGUGUGUACAUAAUGAAACGAAGUAAAUCUUAAAAGAUUGAAAAAUUAUCCCCUAUUUUAUCUUAAAUAAUUUCAAGAAACGUAAGUGUACAUAUUCAUUAGAUUUACUCGAGAAGCUGCUGCUUGAUUUUUAUAUAAUUGUAAAUUAUAUCGCGGCAAUUUUUGUAAAGCAAAAGUACAAGUACUUUUAUCGACUUUUUGUAUAUUCCACCCGAUGUUCAUACUCUUUGUACAUAUACAUAAUAAAAUGUAUAUACAUGAAUUUUACCGAAA